AAUACGACGAUGAGCGAAGAGAAUGUAGACAAUCAGUGCACGCCCUCGUUCAGAAUCGAGGAUAAUAUAUUGAUUGGCGCGGAGGUAACUCAUCCGGGAUGCAAGAACGUCGGAAAACUAGUUCUCGAUAGGUUGAGGAGUAAACCGGAUUUCAUCGGACAGGUGGAGGCUGUUUCGGGAAAAGAGACCACUUAUGCGGAAAUGGCAGAACGAAGCGUCAAGUGCGCUUUGUGGUUAAAAAAGCAUGGAAUUCAAAAAGGUGAUAAAGUUGGGAUAUGGACUGACAAUCACUUGGACACAUACGCGCCAGUAUUCGCAUGUUUGUACGUUGCUGCGGUAAUCUGUCCAUGGGACCACAAUGUAACAAAAAUGUCUGCACAGUAUUGUCUAUCGCUGAUGUCUCUAAAGAUAAUCUUCGUAAACGCAGCGUCCGUUAAGAACCUAAUGAACGCCGUAAAGGAAGAAAAUCUUGAAAUAAAAGUUGUAGUUAUCGGCAAUAUGCCAGGAUUCAUAUCUCUAACGGAUAUUCUUGAGGAACAAGUCAUCUCCUCGGAGAUUAACGAAUUCUACUGCACCGAAGUUGAAAAUCCUUGCGAUUUAGCAAUGAUCUGUAGCUCUUCCGGUACGACCGGUAUGCCAAAAGGAACUGAGCUAUCAUACGCAUCUCUGUACAAUAGUAUUACUCCCAUCGAGGAGGUUCACUUAAUCAACGAAGUGUCGUUAUGGAUGCCAACAAUACGAUGGCAUUAUGGAUUGACCUUAAUGAUCGAAGUUAUUAUCUCGAAUUCAAAAAAGGUCAUUAUACCGGAUAUUAUCAAUGAAGUCGAAAUAUGCAAGAUUAUUCAAAAAUACGGGGUGACAUGGUUUGGAAGUGCAGAUGGCAUUCCAUUGCGUUUCCUGAAGUAUAAUACUUUGCAAAAAUAUCCUGUGCCGUCUCUCAAAAAGCUCGUCAUCAGUGGUGCGCCUUUUACAAAGGAAUUGCACGAAGCUCUCGCGAAAAUUAUACCACACACUCAAAUAUUACAAUGUUACGGACUGACAGAUGCUGGUGGAUUAUGUGUGAGCCAAACGAAAAAUAGCAAGCCAGGUUCCUGUGGCUUUGUGACUAAGGGAAUACGGUUAAAAGUGAUAGAUGAAAAAACUGGUGAAGUUUUAGGGGCCAAUAAGAAGGGCGAACUUUGUAUAAAGUCGGAAUUUGUGAUGAAUGGAUAUCACAAAAAUCCAGAAGAAACUAAAGAAGCCAUCGAUUUGGAUGGAUGGUUGCACACAAAAGAUAUAGUAUUCUAUGAUGAAGAGGGUGAGAUUUACUACGUCAGUAGAAUUUCGGAUUUCAUUAACUACAUAAGCAUCAAAUUGUCACCAACAGAAAUAGAGGGAGUACUCAAGCUUCAUCCUUCAGUCCUAAAAGCUGCAGUGAUUUCUGUGCCACAUGAAACGGAUGAAGAACACUCGAUGGCAUUUAUUCAGAAAGUAGCCGGAAAAGAGGUAACAGAGGCAGAAUUGCAUAAUUUAGUGAAAAAGAAUCUACCCUGGUACUGCGAACUUAUAGGGGGCAUCAAAUUUAUGGAUGAACUACCGUGUGUUAGUACUGGAAAAAUUGACAAAAAAAAAUUAAAAAUAUUAAUGGAAACGGAAACUCUUGAUUAUCAGGAUGUUGUUCGUAAAUUCAGAAUCGAGAACAAUAUUUUAAUCGGACAUGAGUUACCGAUAAACAGAAAACCCAUUAACAUGUCCGAGGUGUUACUCAAUGUCUUAAAGAGCAAACCAAAUUGUGUCGGCCAGAUAGAUGCUGUCACGGGUAAAGCGCACACCUUUGCUGACAUGACCGAGCGCAGCAUUAAAUGCGCUCUUUGGCUAAAGAAACAAGGUGUAAAGCCGAAUGAUGUAGUUGGUCUUUGCACUGACAAUCAUCUGGACGCAAUAAUAAUUAUGUUAGGCACAAUGUAUAUAGGCGCCAUAUCUAAUACAGGAGACUAUAAGCUCUCUCUAAUUACAGCGCAAUACUUUCUUUCGCAGACAUCGCCAACGAUAAUGUUCGUGGUUUCGUCAUCAGCCGCGAGUGUAACAGAAGCAGUAAAAAAGCUAAAAUUAAACACAAAAAUAGUAGUUCUCGAAGAGACAAACGGAUAUGAAUCUUUAGAAGAUGUUUUAAAGGGUCACGGUAGUAAUGAAAUCGCUGAAUUUCAAUGCGCCCCGGUCAGCAAACCGGACGAAAUUGCUCUUCUAGUUUCCUCUUCGGGUACUACGGGUAUGCCGAAGAUUACUGAGAUUUCGCACUUUUCUCUGUACACCUGUCUACUACCCGAAAAAAUUACCGAAAUGAAAGAUCAUGUUUGUAUAUGGUUACCUACGUUGCGUUGGCAUUAUGGCGUGCAAUUAGCAUUUCAAGCUAUCAUGGCAUAUUCGACAAGAAUUGUUGCAUCCGAUUGUAACGACGAUGUAGUGGCGUACUGUGAGUUUAUUGAAAAAUAUAAAAUAACGUUUUUUUCAUCUGAUCCGUGUAUACUAAUCCGAUUAGUUAAAACUGAUUUGCUGGAGAAAUAUCGAUUAUCGACUUUGAAAAUUAUCGAAGUUAGUGGGGCUCCUUUUGGAAAAGAGUAUCAUAAAGCAUUAGCUGAAAAAUUACCACACUCUCUAAUUUUAAAUGGUUACGGACUAACAGAUACUGGAGGUGACGUUAGCGUGCAGGUCAAAGGCUGCAAGCCAGGAUCUAUUGGCUUCGUAGCACCUAACGUUCGAAUAAAGAUAAUAGAUAUAGAAACUGAAAAACUCCUCGGUGCUAACCAAACUGGAGAACUACGUGUGAAACUACCCUGCGUAAUGAAUGGAUAUUAUAAAAAUCCUGAAGCAACGAAACGAGCUUUCGAUUCUGAUAAUUGGUUACGCACCGGCGAUUUGGGAUAUUACGAUGAAGACGGAGAAGUUUACAUCAUCGAUAGAAUAUCAGAGUUUAUCAAUUCUGCGUCUAUCAACGUCUCACCCGCGGAAAUAGAGUACGUUUUAGGGACUCACCCGGCGGUACUUCACGCAGUGGUGAUAGGGAUACCUCACGAAAUUGACGAGCAACACCCUAUGGCUGUCGUCACUUUGGUACCGGGUAAAACGGUAACAGAGCAGGAACUUAUCGAUCUUGUUGAAAAGAACAUGCCUGAUCACUGUAAACUUCGCGCAGGUGUGAAAAUUCUCGAUCAACUGCCGCGCACGGCUACUGGAAAAAUCGCGAAAAAAAAAUUGCUAGAAAUGUUUGUGCAUUAA